UGCCGGUGGGGGGAGGAGGAGGAGGAGGGAUGCCCGUCCUGCGCCGGCCGUUUCCCGGUGGAGCUGUCAGCUGACGCCGCCGUUUCCUGGCUGCCGCCCGCCAUGCUGCGGCUCCUGCUCCCGCUGGCCGCCCUGGCCGCGCUCCUGCGGGCGGCGAAUGUAGCUGGGAGGAGUUUUGGGAUUGAUUAUGAUUCCAACUGCUUUGUUAAGGAUGGGAAACCUUUCCGUUACAUCUCCGGUAGCAUUCACUACUCACGGGUGCCCUCGUAUUACUGGAAGGAUCGCCUGUUGAAGAUGAAGAUGGCAGGGCUUGAUGCCAUUCAAACGUACGUCCCAUGGAACUAUCACGAACCUCAGAUGGGCACCUAUGACUUUUUCGGUGGCAAAGAUCUAGAGUAUUUCCUGCAGCUUGCAAAUGACACUGGAUUGCUUGUUAUCCUGAGAGCUGGACCUUACAUCUGUGCAGAAUGGGACAUGGGAGGUCUUCCUGCGUGGCUGUUGGAAAAGAAAUCUGUUGUCCUCAGGUCUUCUGAUUCAGAUUACCUGGAAGCAGUAGAGAGAUGGAUGAGUGUCCUUUUGCCAAAGAUGAGGCCUUAUCUCUAUCAAAAUGGAGGUCCAAUCAUCAUGGUGCAGGUAGAGAACGAGUAUGGGAGCUACUUUGCUUGCGACUACAACUACCUGCGCUUCCUUCUGAAGCUCUUUCGCCUGCAUCUUGGGGAUGAGGUGGUGCUCUUCACAACUGAUGGUGCAAGCCAGUUUCACUUGAAAUGUGGGGCUCUCCAGGGUCUUUAUGCAACAGUGGACUUUGCUCCAGGUGGCAAUGUCACAGCAGCAUUCUUAGCUCAAAGGAACAGUGAACCUAAGGGCCCUUUGGUUAAUUCUGAGUUUUAUACUGGAUGGUUGGAUCACUGGGGGCACCGUCAUUCUGUUGUGCCCGCACAAACUAUAGCUAAAACACUUAAUGAAAUCCUGGCAUGUGGUGCUAACGUUAACCUGUACAUGUUUAUAGGUGGGACUAACUUUGCCUAUUGGAAUGGUGCUAAUAUGCCUUAUAUGCCUCAGCCCACUAGUUAUGACUAUGAUGCUCCCCUGAGCGAGGCAGGAGAUCUGACAGAAAAGUAUUUUGCCUUGAGAGAAGUGAUUGGUAUGUAUAAGCAGUUACCAGAAGGUCUUAUCCCUCCAACAACUCCCAAAUUUGCAUACGGGAAGGUUUGCUUACAGAAGGCAAGCACUGUGUUGGAGGUUCUUGAUGGACUGUCGCCUUCUGGACCAGUGAGAAGCACUUACCCAUUGACCUUUGUUGAGCUAAAGCAGUAUUUUGGGUAUGUACUGUAUAGGACUACACUUCCAAAGAACUGUGUGGAGCCAACGCCACUGUCUUCACCUUUAAAUGGAGUCCAUGAUCGUGCCUAUGUCUCUGUCAAUGGGGUACCUCAGGGUAUCCUUGAAAGAGACAAGUCACUUAAGAUAAAUAUAACUGGGCAGGCUGGAGCAAAUCUGGACAUCUUGGUAGAGAAUAUGGGCCGAGUCAACUUUGGUAGAUACAAUAAUGACUUUAAGGGCCUAGUUUCAAAUUUAACUCUUGCUCAAGAUAUACUUGUUGGAUGGGAAAUCUAUCCUCUAGACAUAGAUGGAGCAGUGAACUCUGACUUUUUUUAUCUCCUUGAUCACCCGAAGAGAUCUGCUGUCAAAGCACUGAGUUAUGAAGUACCUGCAUUUUACACUGGUACUCUUUCAAUUCCUGGCGGGAUUCCAGACUUGCCACAAGACACCUAUGUCAAUUUUCCUGGUUGGACCAAGGGACAAAUUUGGAUCAAUGGAUUUAAUCUUGGUCGCUACUGGCCAGCCCGUGGUCCUCAGCUGACCCUUUAUGUUCCAAGGAAUGUACUUGUUGCAUCGGUACCAAACAACAUAACGGUGUUGGAGCUGGAACGUUCUCCUUGCAGCACCCAGGCGUGCGAAAUAGAAUUUGUAGACGAACCUAAUAUCAAUGCAACCCUCCAGCAUGAAACUGAUAAACCCCCACUCUUUGUUAGAGAACUAUCGAUGAAGCAUCUAUAAUGAUUUGAGUAUUUCUUUGUCUUCCCCCUUCCACCCGUUGCUUGCCUUUCCCUCAGACCACGCUGAUUAACACUGAAUCUUCAAAAAAGGGAAGGUGUUUAGGUGAGGCAACUUCUUAAAUUCUUCAAAGAUUUUUUUUUUAAAUCUCUCAGUUAUAUAUUGAAUUUCUUUUUAAAAAUAAAGCUGGAGCUUUGAAAUUUGCCUUGGACUGUUAAAUUGAACUCAACUGGAAGGUAAUGUUUCCAUCAACCUAGUAAAAGUGUAGUCCCUGUACUCUGCUUACACUGUAGUAACUGUGCUAUGCUUUUAUUUUUUAUCAUGUUUUGCAACUGCAGAGGAGCCUACACAAGGGGUGUGCAGCCUCCACUACUUUGCUGGUUUCACUUAAGUGAACUGGUAAGUCAGAGCUGCCAAGAGACAAGACACUUUCAGCAUCCUUAAUCACCUUGGCUUGGAGUGUGCAGAAUGACAGUCCAUUCAUGUAUAAUUUAAGCUCAGUACUGUAACAGCUGGGAGUAUUUUUAUUUGUAUGGCAGUGCUGUGGAAUUCCUAGUUCUCACUCUGACUUCCGUUUACAUCGUACUUGUGAAAACAUAGAGUGAUCUGUGAGACUUCACUUUUCACCAUAACUGUGUAAUCUUACCAGCAGAAAGGCUUUGCAUCAAGAAUUAUAAACAUGCAUCUGAUUAGUUCUAAGAAUAACAAUAACAAUGUGGAAAGAAUGGGCUUAAAGUUUUUCAAGUAGGUCUCUAGAUAGCUUCUUUAGCACACCUGCCUAUUUACUACUUUCAGUUAAGUGGUCUCCCAUCUACAGAAAAGAGCUGAAAGUUGUGGCCCUGAUUCCUAAUCAUCUUCUACCUACAUGGAAACACUGCUGGAGAUGUUAUUUGAAUAUGGGGAAGGGAGCUCCCUGAGACAAAGGACCUUCGGAGUACAGCUCUAGCAGGAGGAACCUGCUGCCAGUUGCUGCUGCUUUACCCAAGGAUGUGUCUGCAUGUGCUACAGAUGAGUGUUCUGCCCUGCCUGUGCCCACACUGAGGCACUGUGUCCACACCACAUGCCUGGUACUUAACUUAGGUUUCCUGGACUUGGCAUGAAGUUCUCCUGGGUCUGAGUGUGAUAUAAAACAUUACAUUGUGGCAUGUGCUCCUUUGCAGCCUCAGGCAGGUCAGUUAUUUUAACCUAUCCUCAAAUGUAGUUCAGCCAUGUCCGAGGUGGAAAUAUAUUUACAAUGAAACCUUCUGACUGAGGGCAAAUAAGUAAGAGAAGAGGGGCCAUAGGGAGUUACCUGACUCACCUGUACCCAGUGGGCAAGGCAGUGGUGGGUCUAGUUUCAGGGGUUUUUUGAAAGGCAAGGUGUGAAAGCAUUGUCAUAUACCUGGCUAGUAUCUGUGAUGUAGUUGUAUGAACUAUUCCAAGUGCUGGAGUUCAGAAGGAUGGUCUCUCUGGUGGAACCAGCUGCCUCCUGAAGGCUUGGCAUGAAGGAAUAUUCCUAAUGCUAGAACUGUGGGUCUUCAAAUAUUUCCUGAUGCAUCUCCUUAGAAAUUUGCUUUGCUUACACAGGAGCUGAGUAAUGAGCACAAUGUUCUCUGAUUUUGGCAAACUAUUUAAGUAUGGUAUUUGGUCAGAAUUAGUUCAUUAAAAACAAGUUUUGCACUGAUCCCCUCUGGAAGGUAGGCAGAUGCUUGCAAUUCUUUAGGAGGAUGCCCUUUGAAAUCUACCCAUAGAGUAGCUGUAGUGGCUCAACUUAACACAGAUUUAUUUUUUUUUCUGCUCUGCAGUGGAGUCUGUAAACUUAAAUCUGUAAUCCUGCCUAUGCAUGAAUGAAAGUCUUUAAAUUUGGGGUUAACAAGCAAAUAGAAGAACAAGAACUGGCAGUGUGCUAUACAGUCAAAUUCUAUUUUUUCUCUUAUGUAUGAGACUCUUUCAUAAUAUAACUAUCUUACUAAUUGUUAAUCAACAUUUUCUCGUCCCUGAAUGACAGGAUUGAGACUUGACCUUGUCCUUUAGACUUUCUGUGCCUUUUUUCAUUCUCUGGUGCAGACAGCUCUCCAAUCUCCUGCAAUCCAAUCUCCUUGGGAACUCCACAGUGCCUGUUGUUAUCUUUUGCAGUUUUUUUGGAUGAAAUACUAAUUUUUUGUUUUCAUCGUUUGAAUACUUGCGUGAGGGACUAGAAAUAAUCCUUCUCCUGGACAGCAAGCACUAUCCACCUGACAGAUACAUGUCAGGUGUUCAGAAAUUAGAAUUAUAGAAGAAUGAUAAUCCCGUGGUUUACAAUGUGCCCUGAAGGAGGUGAUGCUGUUAUUUUACAGGCUGAGAAGGUGACAGCAUUUUAACAGAUAAUAUAGGAUGAAAGGUUUGUGAGAGAUGAUCUAGCUGUAUGUCUCCCAUUUGUGUCAUCAUUUGUGUUUUCUAUAUUCUCAGUAUGUUUCUUUAACCUAGCCUUCAAGAUUUCUUGUGAUGUACACUACAGUCUUUCCUGGGCAAGUUAUUCUAGUGUUUACUAUUGGGAAACUUGUCAGCAGUAUUUGAAGCCUUCAUUGCUGUAUGUAAGCCAGUUAUCACUUUCACUGUCCACAGCCAACAUAAAGUGUGUAUUUGUGCUCUAAGGCUGUUUUGUGCCCUCUCCGUUACUUCCUUACCUCUCUUUAAACUGGAUUUAGAGAAAUUUUAAGAGGUUCAGGGUAAUGCAGAAGAUUUAGCAAGGAUGUGAAAGGGCAACCAGUUCCUGAAUGACUUGGUCCAGGUGCUACAGCAUCUCUUUUUGACAGAAAUUAGUGAGUUGCAAGAAAGGUGUCUUGCAGGCUGGGACUUAAAGGCACAACAAUUAACCUCAAAGUCCUGGCUGGGAGAUCAUGUGACAGAAUAAACUGGAAACUGCAGAAGAAUGGGGUCUGUUUUAGUGGUGCUCCUUCAAUGAGAAGGGAAAGCUAGGCAGAAAUAGGUUUUCCUAGAACUUGGUGCCAUGGGCUGAAUGGAAAAAUGUUGGAAAAGUAUGUCACAAGGAUCUUUCUUAUGCUUUUGCUGAAUAAAGUGUGUAUGUUCCUUUUUCAGAA